CCCAGCGAGCACAGCCGCAUAUUUGCCGAGCUUCUAUUUGUUGAUUUUACUCAAUAGUCCAAUAAAUAAUUACUGCACUUAAACAACAAUUUGCUUAAAUAUUUUAAUAAUAUUUUAAAAUUAUGAUGAAUUUAAAUAAAUAUAUCAUUUUGUGUUUAUUGUAUGUGUGCGUCGUCGUGUGCAACAAAAUUAAAAUUCUUGGACCUUUAGGAUCAACAGACCCUCCGAUUUCCCAUAUUCAUACGCGACAAUUACUGGAAUUAUGUUUUUCUGAAAAAAUGAGUCAUAUUGCGAUUACUUCCGAUCUGACUGACAUUAUGUACCAAUUUAAACAGGACGAUCUACCGAUCAGUUCUUUUUUUAUAUUUGAUCGAAUUGAGAUUCCAAGUUCAAAAAAUUUCUACUUUCAGCAAAAUUACGAUCAAUAUAUUUCAUGUCAGUGCUACAUUUUUUCGGUUAAUUCACUAUAUAAACUUGGAAGUGAACGUGCCAGACUCUAUGAAUUAUAUUUUUGGAAUACCAAAAAUUUAGUGUUAAUAGUCGGGGAUCAGUGCAGCGAUGCAAUGAAGGCACUGAAAUGGUUAUCGGAAGGUCAGGCUAUCAAAUCAUAUUUCCUGUGCCCCGAUGAAUUCAACAACAAUACAGACAUCUAUAUGUUCAACCCUUACGGUGAUAGGGCGCCAAAGCUCUGGAACAAAGUUGAGACAACAGACCGACCAUAUGAUCAGUGGACAGUCUAUAAAAUGCCAUUUGUUAAUGAUCAGAGUAUAUGUUCCAAUUUAACUUAUGACAAAACAGAGAUUUUAGAUGGUUACCAACUUCAAGUUCAGGGUUUUGAGUGGAUGAACUUCGACAAAAUAAAUUUAAAUGAAUAUGACAGAUCCAAUACAUCCGAUCUGUACUUGAAAAAAACACUUCUUUUCUACAAGAAUCUAUUCUCAGCUAUGAAUGUCACCCCUAUAGCUUACAAUGAAAAUGUAACAGAUUAUGACGUGAUAAGUGUAGUGGAUCCACGAAUACUCGAAAUCGUUUCUUCCGACCUAGCCUUUUUUUCUUUUUAUGAACAAAGUGGUUACGUUAUACUCACACAAAAACAAAGUUUGAUACCGACGAUCAGCCAAGUAGCCGAGGAAUUUUUCACUUAUCAAAAUAUAGUAAUGUCGUCCAUUGUUUUGGUAAUACUAUUCAUCAUAAUUCUGUUUAAUCACAAGUUCCAUUUCGGUGGAGCUGCUUUAGAUCUCUUGUCAUUUCUAUUAAACAUGGGGUUAACUACUCCUAUAAAUCGGUUAUGGAUGCGAAUUACUUUCUUGAGUGCAACUUUAUUUGUUAUCAUUUUUAAUCCGGCGUUGCAGGGGCUACUGACUUCAAUAUUGACUCGACCAGAGUAUAGGAAUGUCCAAACCCUAAAAGAUCUUCGCGACAAUAAUUACCACGUCUACUGGUCUACGAUCUAUGAGUAUAAUGUAAUACUUGACAGUCAGCUAUGGGAUGAGGAUUCUUUGAAUAAAUAUGUCCACGUGAUGUAUCCGGGAGAACAAGAUUAUUGCACGAAGAACGUUAGAAGUAAAUCUACUAUGGCUUGUUUAAUUGACUUUGACUCGCUUGAAGCUACGGACUUAGACUUACAUAUUUCGAAAGAGUUUUCUCAUAAAAUUCAUGGAUUUAUACGACCUAUAAACUGGGGACUCAAUGAAAAAGCUCAAAAGAUCGCGAUGAAGUUGUUUGAUAGUGGUUUUUCGGAUCAUGUUCAAAAGCGUAAUUUAUAUAGAAUUUUGAUGAAAAGAAAAAUCAAAAUGGAUAAAAUAAAAGCACUACGAGAUUAUGAACAAUUGAAUCUCCAAGAUUCUGCGUUAGUCUACAUUGCAAUGACACUGGUUGCAGCCUGGGCAUUCCUUGUUUUGGGUGUCGAAAUUCUGUUUAAAAAAAUAGAAACAUUUUUUAAGAAACGUUCACAAGAGGCGGAAAUGAGUAAAUUGGAGAUUCGAAGGAGAAUCGCGUCUACCGUCAGAAAAAUAGCCAUUCUUUCUCAAGAGGUAAUCGAUGUUUAGGCAGAAAAAAAAACUGUUAAUUAUCGUCGAAUUUUGAAUUCUCAAAAAUAUUAUUUGUUUGAGUGUGAUAGUGUAAACCAUUGUAUUGUUGGAAGAAGUACCAGGCAAAAUAGGACAUUAUUUGAAAGGAAAGAAAACGUUCAUAAUCAUUAGAAAAUGUGUGAGCAAUUUUCCCUGAUUAUGUGCAUAAAUAAGUAAACGAUUUUGAGUAAAAACAAAUCUUUAGUUUUUAAACAAAAGCAAUUUUUCCCUGAUAUUUUGACCAUAUGGUUGCUGUUUGAAAAAUUCAAUAAUUUGUUACGAUCCGAUGUAUUCUAGUGAUAAUUAAAUAAUUUAUACUCUCACGCAAUAACUCAUCCGCAAUUUUUAUGCAGGAUGGCAUCAAUAUAUUGAUUGCUUUCAAUCCAGUUUUAAUUCAUUUUUGA